GCUUUCUUCUUCUGCUGCUGUUUUUAAUUUUUUUUCUAUCAGAAAUAUCAUGAAACAAAGAGGUAUUCUUGCGAAUGAACAAAUGGUGAAACUGGUUUGUUGUUGGCUUUUUUUAUUAUUUUUAUUUAUUUUGUUGGUUCUUUGCAGAGAUAAUGGUUUGCACCAGAACUAAGAGGAAGCAAAUGGAAACAGUUCUUAGUGAGAAGGAGGGUUUUGGAUUUUGCAAGAGAAGCUAACUGAGAGCCAGAGACAAAUCAAUUUUUAAAGAGCUGGUAGGGCAGAACAAAAGAAGGAAAAAUUGGAUUGAAUUGUAUUUGAUAUCUGUAUGUGUUCACAUCAGUAAACCAUAUGGAGAUGCAAAUAAAAUAAAGCAAUGUUUAAACCAGUAACUUACCCUUGCUGUUCCUAAGAAGGGCUGAAGGCUGGCUAUGUUAACAUUCCUGCAUCUCCUCAGACUACAUCGUAUGUCAUAGAUCUAGGGGUUAUGGACAAACUAAGUGUUGAAUAAAAAAACAACAUUUGGAGAAUUUGCAGUUGUGUCAGGAGUGUGCUCAAUAUAUUAUUUCUUGUAGCAUACCUGGCUACAAAUUGUUGGCUGCCAUUUUAGUGGGGAUUGCUUUUAAAUUGUACUUCAUGGCUUUUAAUGAAACUUUAUUAUUCUUCUGCCCACUUUUCCAAAUCUCAGUAUCUUAAAUUUCUGGAGCAACUUAAUGAGAAGAUGAAGCUGGAUAGUCUAUCAGCAGAGGUUGGAUUUGAUAUGACUAUGGAUGUGAUUCUGGCCCGGGUAGAGCAGUUGGUGAAACUGGAAGGUGACGCGGUAGUUGAGAACAAGACUGUGGCAUACAGCCUCCGAAGGAAGUUGAAGGCUCAGAAAGAAAAACUUGAAAGCAGAGAGCUGCACAUGAACCUUCUGCGGCAGAAAAUAACCCAGCUGGAAGAAGAGAAGCAAGUAAGGACUGCCUUAGCUGUGGAAAGGGAUGAGGCCAAUCUCACUGUCAGAAAGUUACAUAAGAUGAUAGAGAGGCUACAGAAGCAGCUUGAUCUGGCAAGGGAAACAAAUACGGAUCUCAAAGCCAAGCUGUCUGAAACCAGUGAGCUUAAG